AUGAUUUCGAUAAAAAUGGUCCUCGAUAAUCUCACUGUGAUGUCGGCCAUUGACGAGUUGGUGGACGACGUUCAAUCGAACAGCACCAACGUGACGGAUUUUCCUGAUUACGAUAUCAACGAUUCCUUCAAUCACUUUGAAUGGGCGGAAUUGGCUCCUGUUUUGGUCGUCUACACUUUGACGUUCUUUCUCGGAUUAAUCGGUAACGUCAUUAUCAUUGCUUCAACUCUUUGUCGACUCAGGCCAUUGCCGGCGACACCAACGAACGUUUUCUUGGGCGGUCUGGCUACAGCUGAUCUUCUGUUAAUUAUAUUCUGCAUACCCGUGAAAAUAGCGAAACUGUUCUCUUAUACAUGGACCAUGGGUAUCUUUCUAUGCAAAGCAGUGCAUUACAUGCAGAGCGUGUCGGCAAUCUGCUCGGUCGUCACCCUUACUGCGAUGUCGAUUGAGAGAUAUUACGCCAUAGUGCAUCCAAUGAGAGCGCAGUAUAUAUGUACCAUAAGCCAAGCUCGUAAGAUUGUAAUCAUAACUUGGAUAGCAGCAUUUCUACUGGGAGUACCCAUGACGUUUACACAGACACAUAAGGAAGUUGGGGUGAGGAGGAUUGCCUAUUGGUGCGUUCGCAAUUCCGAAGCUGGACUUCUGUGGAGAUCUCACGAAGUUUACAUGCUCAUUGUGGUCCUCGUGCUACCGCUGAUUAUCAUGGCGUUCUGUUACACGAGUAUCUGCUGGGAGAUUUGGCGCGUUAUGAAACGUCGAUAUCAUAUGACGUCGCGGCAUGCAUUAAAUCCAAACAGUGCAGAUACGGAAUCGAUUCCUAUGACUCAACGGCAGGGCGGAAACGAACGCAAAUCACGCCGGGACGAAAAAGACGAAGAAUCACGGACUAUGAAGCAGGUGGUGAAAAUGCUGGUAGCAGUCGUGGUACUGUUCGCCAUUUGUUGGGCCCCGAUGCUAAUUGAUAAUGUGCUGACUGCUUAUGGUUACCUGCCGCGUGUCAAGAGUGGGGUGCACAAGCAUCUCAAUACCGCAUUUCAGUUGAUGGCUUAUUUUAACAGCUGUAUAAACCCGAUAGUUUACGGGUUUAUGUCGAAGCACUUCAGGGAGAACUUCCUGUCGGCUGCCUGCGGUGGAUGGUGGAUUUUCUGCCCUAGAAGAGGUUACCGGGCAUCUGUAACGAGAAAUCCAAGUCUCAGCCAGACCAGAAGCACCAGCGUUAGGUACGUCGUGGCUCGUUAUGUCAGCUCUGAUAAAUCGUUGAAGAACGAAAAAAAAUUGGAGGGAGUUUCGAAAUGCGCCCCUAUCGAUCCUUCGAUACGUACCCCGCUGGUAUCGUACCUUCAUAAAAUAAAAUUUAUGGCAAUUUUCUCUAAAGCGUUUUUGAGAUAUAUUAACCGUAAAGUUUCCUUAUAA